AUGUUUGGCGGAAAGAGCUUUGAGCCUGAGCGUGAUAUUCCGGACCUGUCAGGCAAGGUCAUACUGGUGACUGGAGGCAAUACCGGCCUAGGACAGGAAGCCAUCCUUCAACUGGCAAAACACAAGCCGGCACACAUCUACAUGGGCGCGCGCACCGCAUCCAAAGCCGAACAGGCCAUCAAGGAAAUCAAAGCUGUCGUACCCGACGCUCCCGUCUCUCAUAUCCCGCUCGACUUGACCUCGUUCGAAUCCAUAUCUGCGUGCGCGAAACAAUUCAACGAGAAAGAGUCCAGACUAGACAUCCUCUACAACAAUGCUGGGAUUAUGGCAACGCCCAUGGGCCUCACAAAAGAAGGCUACGAGAUCCAAUUCGGAACAAACCACAUGGGCCACUUCCUAUUGACCAGGCUGCUCCUGCCCAAGAUGGAGAAAACCGCAGACGAGCCGAACGCGGAUGUGCGCAUAGUGAAUGUCUCGUCCGAGGGCCAUCGGUUCGCUCCAAACGGCCAUCUCGUCACCGACGCAGAAUCCCUCGGACAGAUGAUGACUUGGCGGCGCUACGGCAUGUCGAAGCUCGCAAACAUCCUUCACGCGCGUGAGCUUGCGAGAAGAUAUCCGAAAAUCACCGCCGUGUCCAUCCACCCAGGCGUCAUCAAGACCAACCUCUACACACCCAUGUCCGAGACAAAUUUCAUUCUGAAGUUUAGCACGGCUAUUUUUGGUGCUGUCGCACGCGUUGCUCUUCCUGAUGUCCCCGCUGGUGCCAAGAAUCAGCUUUGGGCCGGGACGUGUCCCAAGUCGGAGGUGAGGAGUGGUGCCUACUAUACCCCGAUUGGCAAGGAGAAGCAGAAGGGCUGGGUUGACUGGAGCGACGACUUGGCCAGGAAGCUGUGGGAUUAUUCGGAGGCAGAGGUCCAACAAAAAGGGUACUGA